GUCGUUCAUUGCCGAGAUCCUGGCCUUGGACCCCGCGGCAAAGGUUAUUGCGGCGGGCGACUUCAACGAGUUUGCGUUUGUGCAGCCGAUGAAGACGUUCUCGGAUAUCUCGGGGAUGGUGGACUUGGACGAGGCGGCCAAGAUUCCCGUUCAGGAGCGGUACACCUACGCGUACGACAUGAACGCCCAAGCUCUCGACCACAUGUAUGUCAGCCCGGCUCUGGCAAACAGCAAGACGACGCGCUUCGAGCACAUCCACGUCAACUCAUGGGCGACCUUUGACGAUAUGGUGUCGGACCACGAUGCCAGCAUUGCUUUGUUUAACGUAUGCGGCUGUUUUACAGCAUUCGAACGACGGGUGAAGUAGACCGGGAUACCUGUAAUAGCAGCAGUUAGACCAAGAUCUACGAGAUUUGGACUCGGAAACCUAGCAGAUGAGAGACACCUCCGCGGGACCUCAGGAUGGUCUUGAGCACGGGCAUAGAAACGGUAGAACGAUGUGGCUUAGCAUAGCACUCCUGUAUGAGGUACCUACCUAGUCUCGUAGUAUGCCAAUCAUAGGGAGUGCAAUGUAGCAUUGCCUCACAGGUUGGGUUUAUGGG